UUCCUCACAUACUGUGCCAGAGACUCUGCCAUCAAAGCCCAGACAGCACUGCAUGAACAGAAGACUUUGCCAGGGAUGGCACGCCCGAUUCAAGUGAAACCUGCAGACAGCGAGAGCCGUGGAGGUAGGGACAGGAAGCUCUUUGUGGGCAUGUUAAAUAAGCAGCAGUCUGAGGAUGACGUGCUCCGGCUCUUUGAACCAUUUGGGGUCAUUGAUGAAUGUACGGUGCUCCGUGGACCUGAUGGUAACAGCAAAGGCUGUGCUUUUGUAAAGUUCUCAUCUCACACAGAGGCUCAGGCAGCAAUCCACGCACUCCAUGGCAGCCAGACAAUGCCCGGCGCCUCCUCCAGUCUAGUGGUGAAGUUUGCUGACACAGAUAAGGAGAGGACCCUCCGUCGUAUGCAGCAAAUGGUGGGGCAGCUGGGGAUAUUCACUCCAUCUCUCACCUUGCCGUUCAGCCCAUACAGCGCCUAUGCGCAGGCUCUGAUGCAGCAGCAGACGACGGUUCUCUCCACCUCCCAUGGCAGCUACCUGAGCCCAGGCGUCGCCUUUUCCCCUUGCCACAUCCAACAGAUCGGUGCCGUCAGUCUCAACGGGCUGCCAGCCACUCCUAUUGCACCAACAUCAGGGCUACAUUCACCGCCUCUCCUGGGAACAGCAGCCAUGCCAGGACUGGUGACACCCAUUUCAAAUGGAUUCACUGGAGUGGUACCAUUCCCAAAUGGUCAUCCAACCUUGGAAACAGUUUACACCAAUGGCCUUGUGCCAUACUCAGCCCAGAGCCCUUCAGUAGCAGAGACUUUGCACCCAGCCUUCACAGGAGUUCAGCAGUAUGCAGCUGUGUAUCCAACCACCACCAUCACCCCCAUUGCUCAGGGCAUCCCUCAGCCACCUCCCAUCCUGCAGCAGCAGCAACGAGAAGGUCCUGAAGGCUGCAAUCUCUUCAUCUACCAUCUCCCUCAGGAGUUUGGAGACAAUGAGUUGAUGCAGAUGUUCCUGCCCUUUGGCAAUAUCAUUUCCUCCAAGGUAUUCAUGGAUCGUGCCACCAACCAGAGCAAGUGUUUUGGUUUUGUAAGCUUUGACAACCCAUCCAGUGCACAGACUGCUAUCCAGGCCAUGAAUGGCUUCCAGAUUGGCAUGAAACGUUUGAAGGUCCAAUUAAAACGACCCAAGGAUGCUAACCAUCCCUACUGA